AUGCCUAAAUGUCGCCUUUGCAACGACUUCCAGCGCAGCGCGCGCCAGUUUCGUCUCGCGUUUGACUGCAGUCAGCAGGCAUUAAUCCAAUCGGCAAACGGUGGAUGCGUCAUCUGUUCAAUUCUGUUGGAAGGAUUCCAGCACUUUGAGGCGAAACUUGAAGUUUCUCAAGACAAUGAUCGCAUCUACGUCUGGGGUGGUGAUGUCGAUGGUGGCGGAGCGGUAGAGAUGGAGGUUUUCAGUGACGGUGCUCUCAGAAUUCGUCUGAAAUUCUUCAACACGAAGGGCAAGACCAGCAUUCUACAAGGGGCGCGGAUGCUGCCUAUUGUCCCCGGAGAUACCCGAGCGCCGGCUUCAAUCGGAUGGGCGAAGCAACGUUUGCAGGAAUGUGUUGACUCACACGCUUCUUGCGGUCAAGAAAGCAUCCCAGAACUUCCAAAUCGGGUACUCGAUCUAAGAUCGGGCGCGGAUGACAUGAUGAAUAUCAAAUUGAUCAGAACGCAAGGUUUGGAUGCACGAUAUGCAUGUCUAAGUCACCGCUGGAGUAAACCUGCAGCUUUGACAACAGUAAAGUCCAACUAUGUUUCGCACACCAAAGGCAUAGGAUGGGACGUAUUUCCAAAAACGUUUAUAGACGCAAUCACUAUCGCGCAAGAUCUGGGUCUCCGGUAUCUUUGGAUCGACUCUUUGUGCAUCAUCCAGGACGACGAAGAUGACAAGUUGCAUGAGAUAGCGAAAAUGAGUUCAGUCUACACCAACUCAUACAUCACUAUUGCUGCUACUCAUUCGGAAAGCAGCAUGCACGGUUGCUACUCAACAGGGUCGCUCCAUCACCAAGACUACCAAAUUUCAUCGUCGAAGCAACAUAGUGCUGUCGCGAUGGAAACAGAUCUCUAUGUCCGGGAAAAGAUAGCGCAUAUUGGCGAAGAGCGCGCGAUGACACCCCUGCUAAAACGUGGAUGGGUCUGUCAAGAACGAUUGCUCUCGCCCAGGGUUCUCCACUAUUGCGAGAAAGAGCUUGUCUGGGAAUGUCGAGAGUCAAGUAGCUGUCAAUGUUCUUGUUUCAAUCCGCCGAUACACCACAAGCAAAAGUACAUGGAAGUCUUCCGCCGUGGUGUAUCCAUCGAUGACUAUAAUGCUCGCAUCGUUGGUAUGUCUAGUUUCAGUUUGUGGAGUACAGCACAUCUGGAUCCUUGCGAUGACAAAGAUGGUCGUGGUACCCUCGUUAUACCACCAGCAUGGUCCCUAUGGUUCAAAGGUGUCGUUGACGCUAGUAAUCUUGAUCCGUAUGUAGAACCACGGAUGACGCUGAGAGAAUGGAUGCACCGCCAUAAUUUCCGCAACACCUCUAAUGCAGUUACCUCUGCUCUCCGGUCAAGUUUAGAGUACUACCAAAAGGGCUGGAACUGGACGCGCCUGUUGCAAUUUAGACCUAAACGCAAGACUGAUGAACCUAUCAACGAACCUGGUUCAGGUCUUCCCCGACUUCGUUUUGACUCCAGACUCGAAUACGUCUUUCCCCGGAAGCUCAACGAUGAAGUCAUCAGGAGAUGGAGAUACAUUAUCAGCGACUAUACCGGCAUGGAUCUGACGGAACGACGAGAUCGUCUACCAGCUAUAGCCGGCGUAGCGAGCCAAUUCGAAAGUCUCCUAGGUGGUAGAUACUUAUCAGGGCUUUGGGAGAGCGCCUUGCCUGGCGAUUUGCUAUGGCGUGUAGAUCAAUCCGGGCAGCAUACGCCACAGUACAGAGCCCCCAGUUGGUCUUGGGCAUCAAUUGAAGGAAAGAUCAAAUACUACAAGAUGACGUCGUAUCAUCCAGAAUUUUCAAUCGUCCGCGCGCUUUGCGAUCCGCUUUCGAAGAUCAAUCCAUUCGGCGAGGUGGCGAGCGGCUUACUGGAAAUCAACGUCAUAGCUGCGAAUCUCACAUUCUGGUUAGAUCUAUCCAAAGACGAGGCCAGUCCUCGCCGACCCAUAAAAGUUGAGUUCAUGGGAGAUACCGCGAUCUUCAUCCCGGACUGCGACCUUACCGUGCGAGCUACGCCAUUACAUAUCCGUGGACAUGGUACACAAUUUAGGCAAUAUGAGUUCCUUUGUAUCGGAGAUUUCAAUAUCGAGUGUAAUGAUGCAACCAUAAGCGAGACCCGUAGUGGCCCAGAAGCAUCACUUGCUGCGUCACUCGUUAUCCACAAAGUCAAUGAGGACAGGUAUGAGCGAGUUGGUAUCUUGGAGCGCCAUCGUGUACAUUACCCGAAAUCUCUGGAGGAUGUGUCAAGAUUCAGGAACUAUGAGGGUUAUCUGAGAGGGUUAUACCAAGAGCUGCACAAAUCUGGAAAGAAGAAUAGCCAAACGAUGCAAGCAUGGAAAUUUAUACCAGGCCUCGUGCUGAUUUGA